AUGGCUGGGAACGGAGGUGGUGAUGAUGUUGCUGUCAAGCCGAGAUUUUGGCAGCGGGGGAAGAAGGGGAGUGGGGAGGGCGGUGCCUCUGCUACCGGUGCUGCUAAAGGGGGCAAGGUCCCGAAUGCCGAAUCCGAGGGCGUGGAGGGCGAGGGGGAGGGAGAUGGUGAGAAAAAGAAGGAAGAGAACGUUGACUUUGGGAAUUAUAUCGUUUGUUUCACCUUCUCCGCGAAUAAAGAGCGAUACAAUUCAGAGCUGAUAUUUGUGAACGUUGCAGAGAAUUCUCAAGUUCGGAGACAAGUUUGAUGUCACCCUGAUGCUUGUCGGUGCGCUUACUUCCUUUGCCACGGGUGCCGCCUUGUAUGCUACUCUCUAUCCCUACGCUCUAUCACCACCGUGGCGACAGCGCCGGAGGUGACGGGCCAACGGCCGGACGUGAUGUUGACUUGAGCUCUAGUCCCAUGAUGACCCUCAUCUUUGGUGAAUUGGUUACGGAUUUCUCCAAGUAUUUUACGCCCGGGUCCGGCGUUACCAAGGCCGAAUUUGAGCAUUCUGUUGAUACCAUGUGGUUUGUUCACUUUCCUCCUCUCCUUCGUUCCCCCGCGAGUGGAUGUUUGGUUGACACAUGGGAUGUCGUAGCUUGUACUUUGUGUAUCUGUUUAUCGGAAAGUUUUUGACGGGGUAUAUUUGCAUCGUGAGUGACUUUAUGCAUCCUGUUCGCUGGCCCGGAGGAUGAUGGCUGAUGGCGGGGAUCAUGCUAUCAUAGGCAUGCUUCCGUCUCUCGGGGACACGCAUUUCCGCAGCUCUACGAUUGGCAUACCUUACCUCUAUAUUCCGCCAGGACCUCACCUACUUUGACGCACUGGCAGCCAAGGUCCCCGAACUCGACCCGACGAAGAAGAUGAUGGGCGGCGGGGCGGCGGAACCCUCCUCUGCGAAAGCUGGCACCGCGGGAGCGGUCGCGGUGUCCAUCACAACGCACAGUAACACGGUGCAGAUGGGCAUCUCUGAGAAGGCUUCCACAUUCAUCCAGGGGGUUGGCAUGGUCCUCUCGGGCUUCAUCAUCGGCUUUGUCAAGAAUUGGAAGUUGACACUUGUGACCGCUACUAUUCUGCCCACCAGUAUUUUGAUUUAUGGUAUUUCGAUCCCCAUUGAUAUUAAGCUUGAGAAGGCGGUUAUGGAAGCGCAUGAGAAAGCUGCAGAGCUCGCGGAGGAGGUGUUGACUAGUGUGCGCACGGCCAAGAGCUUUAAUGCCGAGAAGAGGCUUGGGGUGAAGUAUAAGGAACUUUUGGAACAGGGGAAGAGGGCAGGGCUCAGGAAGUCGCCUGUUUCCGGUAUUCAGUAUUUUGGGCUCUUCUUCGUCAUUUUUGGGGGGUGAGUUGUCCAGCUACGCUGUGCGAAGAAGGGAGGGAGAGGCUAAGGGAUGUGGAUUGAUAGCUAUGCAAUCUGCUUCUGGUACGGCAUAAAGUUGUUCCAACAAGGCGAGAUCCCGGACCCAGGAACUAUUAUCGUGUGAGUGCACCAUCGCCCAGUGUCGCUCGAGAGGGCCAACAUUGACUGGUCGGGAUUAGUGUUUACUUUGCCGUCGUGUUCGCGGUGAUGGCAUUCGGCGCUGUCGCCCCACCGAUUCAACUGAUGAGCAAGGCCGCCUCGGCCUCAGCUAGUAUGUUUGAAGUGAUUGAUCGCACGCCCUCCAUCGACUCCCUUUCCGCUGAGGGAUUGCAGCCGGAAAAGUUCCCACCCGGAGACCUCGAGCUCAGGAACGUCAAGUUCGCCUAUCCAGGCGGUGGGGAGCGCGAAAAGGUAGUUGUUCUCGGCGGUGAUCCAGAUGACGCGGGAGAUGGCGGGGGGAUGUCACUGUCGUUCCCGGAAGGCAAGACCACGGCUAUCGUUGGCCGCUCUGGGUCUGGGAAGUCAACAAUCGUCGGGCUUAUCGAGCGAUGGUACGACCCUAACGUGGGCAGUGUAAGCAUCGCCGGUAUCGACAUCAAGGACCUGAAUCUCCGCUGGUGGCGCGGUAGGAUCGGUCUAGUGAUGCAAGAGCCAUUCCUGUUCAACGAGUCUGUCUUCAAAAACGUGGCCUAUGGUCUCACGGGUACGGAAUGGGAAUUCAUCAGCGAUGAGGAAAAACUCGUCAUGGUCAAAGCAGCCUGUGUUGAAGCGAAUGUAGCGUCGUUCGUCGAAGAACUACCGGAUGCUUACGAGACUAGAGUCGGUGAACAGGGCAUUAAACUGUCUGGUGGCCAGAAGCAACGUAUAGCGAUUGCCCGGAGCAUCAUCUCGAAGCCAGAGAUCUUGAUCCUUGACGAGGCUACCAGCGCGAUCGAUCCUAGGAAUGAGAAAAUCGUGCAGGAGGCGCUCGAUAGGAUAUCGAAGGGUCGUACGACGAUUACCAUCGCGCAUCGAUUGAGCACUGUCAGGAAGGCGGAUAGAAUCGUGGUUAUUGGCGCUGGGAAUGUUCUCGAAGUUGGCACUCAUGAAGAGUUGCUGGCUAAUCCGGAUGGCGCGUAUACGCAGCUGGUGCGUGGACAGACAUUACUCAUGCGGGAGGCCGGUGGGGAAGAUGAAGAGGAGGAAGGGGCUCCUGAGGCUGAGCCAGUGGAAAGGGUCGAAACUGCCCAGGACACUACUCUCGAGAGGGCUACCACCUGGAGAUCUAGGCUGAGCGCUGCACGCGGGAGAGCUGCGGUCGGAGAUGAGGAAGCCGCGCCAAUGGCUGAGAAGGAAAAGGCCAAGGUGAUGGGGAUAUUACGCAGUGUGAGAUUGAUUGCCUGGGAACAGCGACAUUUAUGGCCGAUUUAUCUCAUCGGCUUUAUUGGGUGUCUUGGUGGCGGUGAGCAAUGAUUUUCCCGCAGGUUUCCUCAAACAAGGGCUAACACUAUCUAGGCGCCGGGAUUCCGAUACAGGCGGUCCUGUUUGGCAAGUUCAUGGAAGGUUUCGAAAAACUCUUGGAUAAAGAUGAAUUCGUUAAGCGCCAGAACUACUGGGCAUUGAUGUUCUUCAUCCUCGCUAUUGGUGUCGGCAUCGCAUACGCACUUAUGGGUUCCAUGUUCACUUCAAUAACCCACCACAUAAACGCCUACUAUCGCCUCGAGUAUUUCGAAAACGUCCUCCGGCAGGGGAUCCCCUUCUUUGAUGCGGAAGGGAAUUCGGCGGGAACCCUAACGGCACAAUUAAAUACUCACCCGGCGGCGCUUCAAGAACUCUUAGGACCGAGCACGGGACUAAUGCUCAACUCAACAAUAAGCAUACUCGGCUGUUGCAUUCUCUCUCUCGUCAUUAGUUGGAAGUUGUCAUUAGUGUGUAUCUGCGCUGCUCUUCCAUUCCUCUUUUUUGCGGGGCUCCUUCGUAUCCGAAUCGAGGUCGGCUUCGUGAAGGACACGGCUGAGGUCUUUGAAGAAAGCGCACAAUUCGCCAGCGAAGCCGUAGGCGCAUUCCGCACAGUCUCAUCACUGAUCAUGGAACAGAGCAUACGGGACCGCUACGACGUCCUGCUAAAGGGCCACGUGAAGAAGGCGUUUCGAAGGUCCGCUCUUGCGUCGGUAAUCUUUUCUGCGAGCGAGAGCAUAACUCUCCUAGCUACAGCCCUCUGCUUCUGGUACGGCAGCCGGCUACUGGCGGAUAGGGAGUUAUCAACCUACGAGUUCUUUAUCAUCUACAUUGCCAUCAUCCAGGGCGGGGAAUCUGCCGGACAGUUCUUCGGGUUUACCGAGAACAUUGCGCAAGCCGCCGUGGCGGCGAACCGGAUCCUCGGUAAGCGCGAGAAGAACCCCCCGCCUCCGGGCGACCCCAUGCCCACCGGAAAUUGUGGUUGCGAGGUGGUAUUCAAAGACGUGAAUUUCAAGUACCCAACCCGCGACACUCCCAUCUUCCGGAACCUCAAUCUGGCAAUCCCGGCGGGCUCGUUCGCGGCGUUCGUAGGCGCUUCCGGGUGCGGGAAAACCACAACCAUCUCUUUGCUAGAACGCUUUUACGAUCCCAGUUCCGGUAGGAUCGAGAUUGACGGGGCGGACAUCACCAGCUUAGACGUGACAUCCUACCGCAACUCCGUAUCACUGGUAGCGCAGGAGCCGACCCUCUAUGCCGGCACAAUCGCAGAAAACGUGCGCCUAGGCGCAACAACCACCUCCCCUCCACCCACUGACGAAGAGAUAGUCCAAGCCUGCAAAGACGCAUACAUCCACGAAUUUAUAACCUCCCUUCCGGACGGGUACCAGACCAUCGUGGGCGCUAAAGGCAUGGGACUCUCGGGCGGUCAGAAGCAGCGCGUGGCCAUUGCCCGUGCACUCGUGCGCAACCCUAGGAUGUUGUUGCUGGACGAGGCGACGGCUAGUCUGGACAGCGAGAGCGAGCGCUUCGUACAAAAGGCGUUUGACCGCGCGAGGGUUGGAAGGACGGUUGUCGCUGUUGCGCACAGAUUGAGUACUGUGCAAGCUGCCGACGUGAUUUUUGUGUUUGACGAGGGGAGGGUGGUGGAGUCGGGUAGGCAUGGGGAUUUGGUCAAAGCCCGGGGGGUUUACUAUCAGAUGGUAUGUUCUUCUCGCUUGAUUGGGUAUGGAGGUGCUAACGGAGGGGGGGGGAUGUAGUGCCAAGCUCAAGCUUUGGAUAACUAGCGUUUUGCGUCGUCUCACUCUAUCGGCAUUCUAAUUUUUUACGUCCGCUUCUACCUAUCCUACGGCAGUACUUUUUUUCUUCUUUGUUUAUAAUUUCUAGCUCUAUACCUACUCCUCUCUCUCUGGAAUACCCCGCAUGUCUCCCCUCUGCUCCGCAACUCCUUGCACUUGUACUUUUUUCUUUUCCCUCUCCCCUCGCUCUUUCUAUACUCCAUACACUCCUCGUCUACCCUGGUCACAACACCUCUCCUACAAUUAAUAUUGGCGCCAAGGUGAUAGAUUGAUCUUGCAUUUCUCAUCUCAUUACAUUUGUACUAGUAGCCGUUACUCCAUUCAGCAUAUUGAAUCUUUCUACUUUGUAUUAUAUAUCCAACAUUUCUCUUCUCCUACAGUUCACACACGCACCGCCCUCCGCUAUGUUCUUACCGUGUCAUAGUUUCUCACUCGCCCCUGAUCACCAGUCGCUAGGCUGGUAUCCUAAACUCGCGGGACUAUUGACGCUGGUGGAGCCAGGCGGACGGUACCCUGAUUCGUGAUAACGAUAUUUGCAGUCACCAUUCUCUUAUGAUGCGAUACCGGUAGUCGUGUAUUGGUAGGGUGUCGGUGCGACGAUCCGGCGAC